GAUGUUUUGAUGGAUCCCGGAUGCCCGGGGACUUCUAGAGAUGGACUUGGGCAGGAGGAAACCCCAACACAAGGCGCUCAUCCCUUGUUUUUCCCCAAAUCAGGAUUUUCCACCCCUAGGCCCAGUGGAGCAGGAGGAGGCUGCGAGAAAGAAGAACAUGGCCCAGGAGCCCCAGGCAGACAAGGAGCUGAGCACAGAGAGCAGGGAGGACAAAUCCCCAUGGCAGAACCUGGUGGAAGAGGCCGUUUGCAGCGGCUCCACGGCGCAGGAAUCCAACGGGGAAGAAAGCCACAGAGAUCCCGCACCAGGAGGGGCUGCAAACGCAGAUCACGGGGAUCUGAGGAGGAAAGACCCAGCCUGGGCCGGGCAGGCCGGAGAUGGAGCCAGAGCUCAGACCUGGUGGUCCAUGAGCAUUUUCGUGAUGGGGAGAAGCCCCACAAGUGCUCAGAGUGUGGGAUGAGCUUCAGAUGGAGGUCCCUUCUGAUCCGCCACCAGAGGAUCCACACUGGGGAGAGGCCCUACGAGUGUGGGGAGUGUGGGAAGAGGUUUCACACCAGCAGCAGUCUCCUCAAGCACCAGCACACACACACAGACGAGAAGCCAUUCCGCUGCCCUGACUGCGGGAAGGGAUUCAGGCAGAGCUCUCACCUCAUCUCCCACCGGCGCAUCCACACCGGGGAAAAGCCCCACGAGUGUGAGGAGUGUGGGAAGAGCUUCAGUCACAGCUCCAGCCUGAUCCGGCACCAGAGGAUCCACACUGGGGAAAGGCCAUACAAAUGUGGCGACUGUGGGAAGGGCUUCAUUGUGAAUGCCCAAUUGAUCUGCCACCAGAGGAUCCACACUGGGGAAAGACCAUACAAGUGUGAGGAGUGUGGGAAGGGCUUCAGGCACCGUUCCAGCCUAAUCGACCACCAAAGGAUCCACACUGGGGAGAGGCCCUAUGAGUGUUCUAAGUGUGGAAAGAGAUUUCCCACCAGCUCUGAUCUCAUCAAGCACUACCAGACACACACUGAGGAGAGGCCGUAUGAGUGUCCUGACUGCGGGAAGGGCUUCAGGAAAAACUCCCACCUCAUCCGCCACCGUCGCAUCCACACUGGGGAGAGGCCCUACGAGUGUGAGGAGUGUGGGAAGAGCUUCUCCCGCAGCUCAACCUUGACCCAACACCAACGGAGGCACCAGUAAGGGAAGCCCUGCGAGUGCUCUGAGUGCGGGAAGACUUCGUGCGCUGCUCCAACUCCAUCCCCCACUGAAGGACCCACAUUGAGCAGAGCCCUGGUGACCCACAUUCCCUGGGGUCCAUGUUGGGAAGACACCUACCUGGUUAUCCUUUUGUUUUGACCUUUGUUUUUCUCUCUUUUCCAUCUCUUUGUGCUCCUAAAGCCAAGAGAGAUCGAUCUGUCAUCUCAAAACCCUUCAAAUCCCACAGGAAAGACCUCAGUUUUGACUCAAAAAGGCUCAGUCCCACGUCCAAGUACCUUGUUCUCUCCUCAAAACAACUCAAUCCCACA